CGAACGAGCUACCGAACGAAAAAUAUCGAUUUUGUAAGAAUGAGUGGUAUGCAAACCACAACUGUGGACCCAGUACCCAGCCCCCCACAGGAAACCAUCAUCAUCGCCACCGCGCCACCACCUGAGCCCAGAAAACCGGCUGUGACCACUAAUAACCGAGGAUACUUUACCCGCAUCAAUAAACAGAAUUAUGCGUCCUAUACAGUUUUCUUCCUAUUCAUCUAUGGUGGCAUGGACAUGGCAGCCAGCUUGGGCUGGAGUCAACCCUACAGCGUCCUCCUAUUCACGGAGUACUCGUACUGUUGGUUUGUAGGUGUCAUCAUUGGAGCGCUGGCCACCACUCUCACCAUGUCUUUUCUGCCCAAGCUGGUCUACUAUGUUUUUGGUGCUCUUAUGCAACUAACUGGAUCCAUUAUAUUUACGGCUGCAGACUAUUCCGCCUGCCUGGCGGCCCGCUAUUUGGCCGGGUUAGGGAUUGGCCUCAUUACGGUGCCAUUCCUCAUUCACAAUGCUGAGGUGGCAUCUAACAACUUACGAGGAGUCAACGGCGGAAUGGAGCAGUGCGGUCUAGCCCUCGGAAUUUUCUUUCAAGUGAUUUUUACUACGGAGUGGACUUCAUUAAUUGACUCAAACCCAAACGAGAUCCAUGGCAUCAUAGGGAUCGUCGUCUCAUUGUUUGGUUUGGCGAUGACUGCCCUGGUGGUAGAGUCGCCAAUCUUCUUUCUACGUCGAAAUAUGGAGAACAGGGCGCAGCAGAGUCAGGAGAAACUUUUGAGACAUAAUCCCGGUGGCGUUAGUGCAGCUCUGAAGGAGGCCAGAAGGUAUGUGGCGGAGAGCGACAACCGGACCCUGGGGGAGGAACUGGUGGCCUCGGUGAUGCCCUUCUUGAAAAUGCUACUCUUUCGCUGCUUCGUGGCAUUCUCCUUCUCUCUGCCGCUGACCAUGUCGAUCAUCUCGAGCACCGCAGUAGCGGAGAAAGGACUCAGUCUUUGGCCAAUCUACCUAUUUGGCGUUCUUCGUGUGAUUGGAGUAAUGGUGGCUUUGAUAUUCCUGGACACUUUGGGUCGCAAGGCGGUGUCCUUGGUGGGCCUCCUUGUUAUGGCCGGACUAAUGCUCGGAUUGGCGGGUCUAUAUGCCAACGUGACCAACUUAAUUAGCUUUAACUUAAUGACCUCAGCCUGCAAUAUCGCAUUGGCCUUCCAGGUAUUCGCAGGUCUCUUCGUGUGCAGCUCAUCCGCAUACAUGGGCGAGGCUUUUCCCAUGCGGGUCAAGUCGUUCCUGGUCGGAGUGAUUGUCAUCAUUGAGCAGAUCGUCCAUAUCGUGGUAAUUGCCUGUGUAAGCUCUGUGCCCAACAAGGACUUCUUCUUCCAGUAUUUUUUGGCCGUAGGCAUUAUAAUGCUGGUGGGCAUGAUCUUCUUUACCGUGUCUAUGCCGGAGACAAAGAAGAUGACGCUGAGGAAGGCUGGCCACCGUUUUCAGAAGUGGUACGACGUACAGAUGUACUAGGUCUAAGACUCCAGACUAAUAUUUGUUAUUUACUCUCUUACUAAUUUAAGUUAAUAAAAUAAGAUUCGUAAACAU